UUUACUACUUCUUACCCUUCUUUCUCUCACUAACAAACCUUCACGAUACAACACAACCCUCUCUGUCUCUCUCCACACCCUCUCGAUUCAGUGAUUCCCAUCAGAAAGAAAGGGUAGUUGUUGUUAGUAGAGGCCGUGGCCGAGAGAGAUCGAUGAUGUCAUCCUCCGGCGCCGGCAGGUACAUGGCUUUUCCGCCGUCGCCGUCAGCGCCUCCCUCUCCUCACCUCUCCGGUCUUCGCUCCACUGCUCUCGUUGAACAGGACAAAUAUCUGACAGAGUUAUUGGGAGAACGUCACAAGCUUAGUCCUUUCAUGGCUGUGCUUCCUCACAGCUAUCGAUUGUUAAACCAAGAAAUUUUGCGUGUAACCACGCUGUUGGGGAAUGCAUCAGUUUUAGGUCAAAGUGGGCUUGAACAUCCUAGCCCCCUGGCUACUGGAGGAAUAUUUUCAAAUGGAGGUGCCGAUGUGAACGGAUGGGCAUCACGAUUUCAAUCAGAAAUGCCAGGCUUGUUACAGUCUUCAUCUACCCAAAACUGGCUGAGUCCACAAGGCAGCUCGUCUGGUCUUAUUGUUAAAAAGACAGUCAGAGUGGAUAUACCUGUGGAUACAUAUCCUAAUUAUAACUUUGUUGGUCGUCUCCUAGGCCCUAGAGGGAACUCUUUAAAGCGUGUAGAAGCAAGUACUGAAUGUCGUGUCUUGAUCAGGGGCCGAGGUAGCAUUAAGGAUCCAACUAAGGAGGAGUUGAUGAGAGGGAAACCUGGGUAUGAGCAUCUGAAUGAACCCCUCCACAUUUUAGUUGAGGCAGAAUUACCUGUUGAAAUAGUAGAUGCUCGCUUGAUGCAGGCACGAGAAAUACUUGAAGAUUUGCUCAAGCCGGUGGAUGAAUCUCAGGAUUUCUACAAGAAGCAGCAGCUUCGAGAGCUGGCUAUGCUCAAUGGAACUCUUCGCGAGGAGGGUUCUCCUAUGUCUGGUUCUGUUUCACCCUUCCAUAACAGCCUUGGUAUGAAGAGGGCCAAGACCAGGGGGUAAAUAGUUCUAAAGGGUAAGAAGGCUUUUGGAGCUUGUGUUAAUUUUCUACAACAGCACCUACCAUGUCACAGGUGAUGCUGUCAACGAAUGCCCUAAACUGCCAUCGGGGCACUGGCACCAUAGUGCCAGUUCUAACUUGUUCUAUGUGCAGUGUGUUUACAUUGAGUUUGGUGGAGGUUUAAAGAAGGUGGUAGCACGUAGUAAAAGUCCCAAUUGAGUUUGGUGAAUUUGCUUUUUUGUGUUGGUUAGGAGGUUUGGUUAGAUAUUCACCAAACCUGUCUAUAUUAUGGGUUAUAUUUAAGCUUGCAAUGACAGUUUUGAUAUGGUUUUGGAAUUCUGUGAGGAUAUGUUAUGGUUUGUGCCCAGAUUGUGAGGCAGAUUAUAUCUACUUCAAUGCGUGUAUGGGUGACAUUUUGUAGUAUCUAAUGUAGAUUAUAAAUUUGUGAAAAUGCCUUUUUUGGGGGAUCAAAUAGUUUUC